AUGGCAGCCACUCGAUCCAACAGUUUCCCCCGCUCAUCUAGACAACACCCAUUAGCAACAGAAGUUAAUGAGCAUUUGAAUAGAUUGAGGGCUUCUAAAGAGGCAUCUACUUCAUCAUCAUCAUCAAUAAGCCAUAAACUAAAUGGCUUUCAAGAUUUGUAUGAUUGUGUUGUUAAGUUUCUUCAGCUGCCUCUGUCCCACCAUGAUUUAGCCCAUGAAUGUGCUGACGAGUUGUUGGAUGGUUCUCUUAGACUCCUCGACCUUUGCAGCACUGCUAAAGAUAUUGUGCUGCAAACAAAAGAAAGCGCAAAUGAACUUCAAUCGGCUUUGCGUCGAAGGAAAAUCGGUGAAUCCGAGAUUGUAAGUGAAGCAAGGAAAUACAUAAGCUCCAGGAAAGUUGCCAAAAAGACUAUCCACAAGGCAUUGGGAAACUUGAAGGUCAUACAAAGGAAAAACACAGUCUCACCUUCAGAAACUGUUAGCAUGCUGAAGGAGAUUGAAGCUGUGACAUGUUCUAUGUUUGAGGAUUUGUUAUCUCUCAUCUCCGGACCAAAGCCUGGAAGUUGGUUAUCAGUUUCGAAACUAUUGCAUCAAAGAAGAAUAGCGUGCGAAGAUGCUGCAAGAAACGUGAAUGAAUUCGAAAAGGUUGAUGUUGCUUUGAAAUCCUUCGGAAUAACCAAAUCUGAGAUCAUAAAUCUUGAGAUUCAAAACCAGCUAAAAGACUUGGAGCUAUUUAUUCAAGAUCUUGAAGAUGGACUUGAAUGCCUCUUCAGGUGUAUGAUCAAAGCAAGAGUUUCGCUUCUUAACAUCCUUACCCUGUAA